CACUAUAAAGCGGCUGACACCUGGUGGCUCGUGCUCUCACCCGUGCAGCGCUGAGGAAGGACUUCAUUCAGGCUAUGGGGAGGAAAGAGGAUGUGGCUUGUUAUGUGCAGAUAACGGGCGCGUCUAGUUCCAUCUGCGUUGAUGUCUCCUGUGACUUUCCGUGCCUUAUAAGUCCAGCCUCAGGGAGCGGAGCCCGCUGAAAGACGGCCAGCCGCCGGCUGAGCGAGCCGCUGAGGAGGAAAUGCGACGUCAUUCAAAGAAGAAGAAUGUUGUUUUGGCAGUGCUGCUGCUACUCGGGGCGUUGUACUUCAUUAGCCAUUCGGACUUCCUCAUUUCUGGCUGGACAAGGUCAGACGAACAGAUUCCAAAGGAGUUAACUUGGCAAGCAGAUAGGCUGGUUAGUAAGGAGUCCUGGGUCGAACAGGGAGAUUACCUGCCUUUCAAUGUGUCCUAUCAGCUGCUUGCUGGAGCACCAUCCACUCAGCAGAGGUAUUUGUCUAUUGGAUUAUCAUCGGUGAAGAGGAUGAAGGGCAGCUAUCUAAUCCCCACCCUGCAGUCGCUCUUCUCCCAGUCGUCUCCUGAAGAGCACUCUUCCAUGGUGGUGAUAGUGCUGCUAGCAGAUUUCGAUGACGGCUGGAGAGUCACUACAGUGAGAGAGAUCAAAACUGCAUUUGCCUCCGAGCUGGAACAAGGACACCUGGUGGUCCUCCAUGUUCCUCAGGAUUGGUACCCUCCUCUAACAGGUCUAAAGAGGAACUUCAACGAUGCCCCUGAUAGGGUGUCGUUCCGCUCCAAGCAGAACCUGGAUUACUCCUUCCUGAUCCACUACAGUGCCGGUCUCAGCCGAUACUAUCUUCAACUGGAGGACGACAUCUCCUCUGCUAAAAACUUUCUUACCACCAUCAAGAGGCGUGUUGAGGAGCAAGAGGCUAAGUCCCCCAAUUGGGCAACGCUGGAGUUCUCAGCCCUCGGCUACAUCGGGAAACUCUACAAAUCAGCCCACCUUCCUCUCCUGGCCCGCUUCCUCUUCGUCUUCUACCAGGAAAUGCCCUGCGACUGGUUGAUGGCUCACUUCCGAGUGCUGCUGACUCAGAAAGAGCAAAUCUUCUUCAAGCCCUCGUUGUUCCAACACAUGGGGACUUUCUCUUCGUUCCAAGGGACAUACAACAAGCUAAAGGACAAGGACUUUGAAGAGGGGUUAUACGCCAAUCCUGCAGCUGAGGUUUUCUCUGAUAUGUCACCCUACAAGACACACAUCCCCAAACUGGCCUGGGAUGCCGGCGAGGGAUUCUUCUGGGGACGCUCCCCAGAAAAAGGAAAUCACCUGACUGUGGUGUUCACAAAUCCUGCACUAGUGACGGGCAUAUUUGUAGAAACAGGGUCAGGGGGCAAAGAUCUCCUGGAGUCAGCUCUGGUGGAGAUUGGCCGUGACGUGAUUCCCACCAAGAACGGGGAGAAGAGUUGUAUAGAGUUCAAUUCAGUGGGGACGUUGCAAAAUGGCAGGUUUGAGAUGCAGGAGAUGGACAAAAAGUAUAGCUCUGCCUCUUCCUGUUUGAGGAUACAAGUCACAGACGGGCAGAAGGAUUGGGCGAUCAUUCAGAAAAUCAGGAUCUCAACAAAGCCUGAACCUCCACACCAAGCGUAGGAUUGGAUCGUUCCUCCUGCCAGAUUAAUAAUUUAUCCUGGUUUGAUCUGCUGGACCUUUCUAUGCACGCUGAACAUGUGACUUUUGUGCCUUUUGUUUAACACAAUCCAGUGCUUAAUGCAACUUUGUAAAGCUAGUGUCAGUAUGAAGAAAAUGUUUGACCAAGAUCUGUGAUAACAUGUUGUGUCUCUUUAACAUAAUAAGGAGAUUUGCAAUGAUGAAAAAGUUCAAAUGAGCUAACAAGUAAGCAACUCUGUGGCUUAUUUAAUAUGUCAUGUAAUGUGUGUCACAGUUUGGGACACACACAGUAGAAGUGGUUAUUUUUAUUGUCCAUUGUUUUUAAAUGUUGAAGUGUAGAGGAGGGAGUAACUGGUUAGUGGUUUUAUAACAGAUUCAAGAUUGUGCUGUGGUUUGUUUUUGUACAAGUGUCAAAGACAUGUUAGACGCUGUAAGACGCCUUAAUCAGAAUAGACACGUCAAUAUGAUCACACCUAGGGCCUUACAGGAUUCAGGACUUCGUUCAUCCAUCCACAUCACACCUGCAAUCAGAGCAUGUCUGUGUCAGUCCAUGAAGGCCAACUACGCAUUUAAGAAAUUCAUAUAAAUGUAGUUUGUGUGCUCCUGGAUGAGAAGCAUCUUCUUAUUUUCCACAUUUUCCAUUUUUCAUCAGUGUGUUCUCCUUUAUUCCUGCCAGACCGUAUAAAGAUUCAGGGUUUCUUCUUUAUGUAUUGCCCAUCAUGCUGCAAAAUGUUGCUGAGACUUUUCCAUAAUUUGAGAGGGCCAAAUCAAAUCACUCACUGACAAAGGCAUAUCUACAGGCAACUUCUGUUUCCACAGAGGAGAAAACAAUAGCUUAUUCUUUUGCAAUGUUUAUUGGAGCCAGUCAUAGAACAAGAACACAUUCUGGAGGGAAAACUGAUUAAAAAAAAGGUGCCACAAAAAGUGUAUGAGCCACAGAGAGAGGAGGGAGGAGACGGGUGGAUGUAGGCAGUGUAAAGGGGAUUUUGUGGGCAAAAACAAGCCUUUCAGUCAGUAAUCAUUAUGACGCAAACAUCUAUUAACUAAAAGAUAUUUUAAGAAAAGUGUUUUAUAUUCUUGCCCUCAAAUCUAUGUAUUUACUUUUCAUGAGUUAGAAACUACUUCAGCCAUGCUAAAAUAAUUAACAACUGGUGCACAUUUAUUUUUGUAGCUCGAAGAAUUAAAUGAAGAAGUGGUUAUUUCUAUUGUCCAAGUUCACUGGUCUUGUUGUGCAUCUCUGUGUCUCUGCUUAGAGGAUGAUGGUACUCCUUGGCUGGCUACUUUCUCCGCCAUAUUGCUCUGUGGUCUCCCCUUGCCAGUAUCGGGUCUGCUAUUGGUUCCCUCUCCAGCAGCAGGCCUCAAAGCCAGCUUCUCUUCGGCUACAGAGCACUGACUCGGCGGCUUGUCUUUCCCAGUAUCCUGAAUAGCUUGUUUUUCUUCAGCAGCCUGACCAAUGGAUCCAACCACAGCUGCCUGUGGGUCCUGGUUUUGGCUGGCAAUUCUCUCGCCUCCAGUGAUGGGGCGGUUCUGAGAUGCUUGUUGGACUUCAGCUGCAGAUGAUGGGGCAGCACCGGCCUGCUGUACAUCCACAUUGGUCUGAAAGUAAUGAGAACAGAUAAAGGGGUACAGUCAUGCACUUAUAAUUGAAAAAGUUGUAUUCAUAAGCAGAAAAACACACCGUUGUUCACGUCAGUAAGCUCCGUGAGUGUUGGUGGUAUAGCUAAUGGUGGCUGGUGUUAGCUAACAUUAGAUAGAGUAUUGCUGUAUAAUACCCAUUAAAUGUGUUGAUUUCACGAAUCUU